GGGACCUCAGGAAUGUCCUCAAACUGUUUAUAAAGGACUUGAAUCGGUAGGAUAAAUCAGUAGAAUAAAUCUAAACACCGGAUUAAAUCCCGAACAGGGUCUCAUAGAGACUUUGAAACGACUUGCACGAAACUAAUGAGCCUCUAAAAGAGCUACAGGCAGAGAAACGGGAUACAUAAUCGGACAAGCAAGGACUUUUUUUCUUAUCUUUUUUCAGAGGGAAUUUCUAUUUUUAAAGGAAUCACUUGAGAUUUUGAUAUGCUGUGUGGCAGCCUUUUGCUGUUGAUGCUUUGGAGCUGUGAAGGCGCAAGAUUGGCAGAGAAUCGGGAUGAUAACAGUGUGUAUGACUUAUUUGAUCUGGCCCGGGUAAACAAGAGAGGCAAUGGAGUGAGUCUGGUCAAAGGUGAAGAUCCCUACAGCCCCGCAUAUAAGCUCCUAAAUGCAGACCUGAUCCCCCCAGUCCCCGACAGCUCCUUCAGGGACCUCCUCGACUCCAUCCAGGCGGAGAGGGGCUUCCUCCUCCUGGUCAACCUGAAGCAGUUAAAAAAAUCCAGGGGCAGCCUUUUGAGCGUCGAGAAGAAUGACGGCUCCGGGCCAGUUUUCGAGAUCAUCUCCAACGGAAAGGCAAACACUCUGGAUGUGAUCUACUCCUUUAUGAACCAGCAGCAGGUCGUGUCCAUCGAUGAUGCUGAUUUGGCCACUGGACACUGGAAGAAUAUGACGCUGUUUGUUCAGGAUGACCAGGUGCAGCUUUAUGUUGGCUGUGAGAAGAUCGAUGGAUCAGAGAUGGAUGUGCCAAUCUACAAAGUUCUGUCACAACAAGUGGCAGACAAUGCCAAGCUAAGAAUUGGAAAGGGAGCGGUCAGGGACAAAUUCAAGGGAGUGCUUCAAAAUGUGCACUUUGUAUUUGGGACCACUCUUGAUGCCAUACUGAGAAAUAAGGGAUGCCAGAGUGGAGCUGCUUUAACCGAUGUCAUGACCCUGGACAACCCAGUCAAUGGCUCCAGCCCCGCCAUUAGGACUGAUUUUACCGGCCACAAAGCCAAAGAUCCGCAGUCUGUUUGCGGCUACUCUUGUGAGGACAUCACUGGCAUGUUUAAGGAGCUCAAGGGACUCGGUGUGGUUGUUAAACAGCUGUCGAAUGAGCUCCGCAAAGUGUAUGAGGAGAUUUCCCUUCCGGAAAUUCAAAUGCACAUCCACGGUGGAAUUUGCAUCCACAACGGCAUUGUUUACAAGGACAAAGAUGAAUGGACUGUGGAUGGCUGCACAGAGUGUACCUGCCAGAAAUCUGCAACUGUGUGUCGCAAGAUCUCUUGCCCUCUGAUCCCAUGUGCUAAUGCCACUGUGCCCGAUGGAGAGUGCUGCCCUCGCUGUGGAACACCGAGUGACUUUGCAGAGGAUGGUUGGUCCCCCUGGUCUGACUGGACCCAUUGUUCGGUAACUUGUGGUAGAGGCAUCCAGCAGCGUGGACGCUCCUGUGACCGCAUCAACAGCAACUGUGACGGCACCUCUGUCCAGACCCGUGACUGCUACCCCAAGGAAUGUGACAAACGCUUCAAACAGGAUGGUGGUUGGAGCCACUGGUCUCCAUGGUCUUCAUGCUCUGUGACCUGUGGUGAGGGGGUCAUCACCCGGAUACGCCUCUGCAACUCCCCCACACCCCAGAUGGGUGGCAGUGACUGCCAGGGAGAAGGACGUCAAACAGAAAUCUGCCAAAAGUCACCCUGUCCUAUCGAUGGAGGUUGGGGACCUUGGUCACCAUGGGACACCUGCACUGUUACCUGUGGUGGAGGAGUCCAGAUCCGCAAACGUCUCUGCUCUGACCCCAUCCCUAAAUAUGGAGGAAAGGAUUGUGUUGGAGAUGCUACUGUGACUCAAGUGUGCAACAAACAGGACUGUCCUAUUGAUGGUUGUCUCUCCAGCCCUUGCUUCCCUGGCGCAAAAUGCAACAGCUUCCCCGAUGGUUCUUUCCGAUGCGGCAAGUGUCCACUUGGCUACAAUGGGAACGGCAUCACUUGCAAAGACAUUGACGAGUGUGAGGAGGUCCCUGAUGCUUGCCACACACAUAAUGGAGUCCACCGCUGUGAGAACACUGAACCGGGCUACAACUGUCUGCCCUGCCCCACGCGUUUCUCAGGUCCUCAGCCCUUUGGAAAAGGAGUGGAACAGGCAACUGCUAAAAAACAGGUUUGCAAACCCCGUAACCCUUGCCAAGAUGGUAGCCACGACUGCCAUAAAAACGCUAACUGCAUCUACUUGGGCGUCUUCUCUGAAUCCAUGUUCCGCUGCGAGUGCAGGCCAGGAUAUGCCGGAAAUGGCCGGAUAUGCGGAGAGGAUAGUGACCUGGACGGAUGGCCCAACACUGACCUGCAUUGUGUGGAGAACGCCACUUACCACUGCAUGAAGGAUAACUGCCCCAACCUUCCCAACUCUGGCCAGGAAGAUCACGACAAAGAUGGCCUGGGUGAUGAAUGUGACCAUGAUGAUGACAAUGAUGGGAUCCCCGAUGAUAGGGACAACUGCCCGAAAGAAUACAACCCUGCCCAGUAUGACGCAGACAGAGAUGACAUUGGCGACCGCUGUGACAACUGUGUGUACGAGGCUAACACUGACCAAACCGACACUGACAACAACGGAGAGGGUGACGCCUGUGCUGUUGACAUUGAUGGGGAUGGCAUUCUAAAUGAGAUUGACAACUGCCCAUAUGUUUACAACGUGGACCAGCGAGAUACCGACAGGGACAGGGUGGGAGACCAUUGUGACAACUGCCCUCUGGAGCACAACCCUGAUCAGAUCGACUCUGACUCAGAUCGCGUAGGAGACAAGUGCGACAACAACCAGGACAUUGACGAGGAUGGUCACCAGAACAAUUUGGACAAUUGCCCCUAUAUAUCCAAUGCCAACCAGGCAGACCACGACAAGGAUGGCAAGGGUGACGCCUGUGACCAUGAUGAUGACAACGACGGCAUUCCUGAUGACAAAGACAACUGUAGGCUGGCAUUUAACCCUGAUCAGCUGGAUUCUGAUGGUGAUGGCCGUGGUGACGUGUGCAAAGACGAUUUUGACCAAGACAGUGUUUUGGACAUCCAUGACGUGUGCCCGGAGAACUUUGCCAUCAGUGAAACAGACUUCCGCAGAUUUCAAAUGGUUCCUUUGGACCCCAAGGGCACCUCCCAGAUCGACCCCAACUGGGUGGUCCGGCAUCAGGGCAAGGAGCUGGUGCAGACUGUCAACUGCGAUCCUGGCAUUGCUGUUGGCUUUGAUGAGUUCAGCGCGGUGGAUUUUAGUGGAACGUUCUUCAUCAACACAGACAGAGAUGACGACUACGCUGGGUUCGUGUUUGGCUACCAGUCCAGCUCACGCUUCUACACUGUGAUGUGGAAACAGAUCACACAGACCUACUGGUCCCACACACCCACAAGAGCUCAAGGCUACUCUGGCCUGUCAAUCAAAGUGGUCAACUCCACCACCGGGCCUGGUGAGCAUCUGAGGAAUGCCCUGUGGCACACUGGAGACACCCCCGGACAGGUGCGUACUCUGUGGCACGAUCCCAAGAACAUUGGCUGGAAGGACUUCACCGCCUACAGAUGGCAUCUGACCCACAGACCCAAGACUGGUCUUAUUAGAGUGGUCAUGUAUGAAGGCAAGAGAAUCAUGGCCGAUUCUGGAAACCUUUACGACAAGACCUAUGCUGGUGGGCGACUAGGCUUGUACGUCUUCUCUCAGGAGAUGGUUUACUUCUCAGACCUCAAAUACGAAUGCAGAGAUACAUAACUGGACCAAAGAGCCUUCCGUCCAUCAGUAUGAAUAUGUAAUAUGAGAACUGGAUCGAUAUCUCUUUAACCUUUUUCUUUUGCCAACUGCACAUUGGAGGAUUGACGAGGAAGUGAGCUAACAUGAGGUAAACUGACCUCAGGACUUGAAGCCAAAUGAAAGUUUAAUGAUGAUUCUGCACCACUGCACCAAACUCAAAUAGUGAGUGCAGCUCUGCUCAGAAGACAUUGGCCCUCUCACCUUGUCAUUUUAUUGCUUUGCACAUUUGAACGAUUGUUGGUUGGCAGUAUUCCUCUGUGGAUGAGGGACCAAAGGGAACAGUGUUCCAUGUUUUUAUUUUAUUUUUAUUUUUGAGCAUUAAUAUACAUCUGCUGUGGACUCAAAGAUGAUUGUUUCAGUAUGAAGAAAGCAGUAGGAUAACUUUCUUAGGCCAGGGUAAAUCUACCCCUUGAAGGAACUGUUGAGGGACCAUGGACAGUAGGGACUGACUGUUACUAUCAAAGAGAGUGAAUGUUGUUUGUGUGUUUGUGCAUGUGUGCCACCAAACAGGCAUUUUUAUGAAGACAACCAUGUCAAUUGCUUAGUUUUGAUGUCUUUUAUCAACCCACACUACCCCACCUCAAGCAGACCUCUCUACGAGGUCUUGUAUUAAGCCAAGACCUAGGGCUGGCCCAAAACAUUCACCUUCUCAGGAAAGAGCACAGGAAGAAGUGAGGAGACUGCAAAAUUCCGGACAGCACAGGACCCCAAAGCAGGUGCACUAAACACGGCUUUGGAACAGUAAUUAUUAGCAAAUAUUAUGUUAAUAUCUCUAAUCUUUACUGCGUCAAGGGACGUAAAUAGCGAGGCCAGUCUAUUUCCUAUCAUGAUUAAAACAUUGUAAGUAUGGCUGUUUGUAUAAACAUAUUCAUCAUAGAGGCUUUAAUUCUCUGUCAUCGCUGCAUCCUAAAAUGUUGUCAGCAAUAUAUCCCAAUUAACUUAAAUCAAUAUCCACUAAUGGCAAGAUAUGGCAAAACAUUUGACCAAAACAGUUGGUAGACAGUAAAAGAUUGCGUACUCUAUCUCUAAAUAUUCUGCUUCCGCACAGUGUGCGUGACUGGUGUGCCUGAGCUUGUGUGUAGAUUUCAGACAAGAAAAAAUAAAAGGAAACCCUUUAUGUACAAACAUUACCUCAUUAAUUAUUUUUGUAUGAGGCCAGAAAGACCCAAGAAUCACUUGUCUUAGCAACAGAGUAUAAUUUGGUUGGCUUCUUUUUUUUUUAGCAAGAUUAUAGGAUAAUUUAUGUGCUGUAUAUUAAAUGGCUGACAUUUUUGGGGACCUGUGGGCACUGGAUUCCCGUGGGAUUUCCACGGGAUGGGAGUCAAUUUCACUAUUCAUCACAUGACAAGGGACCGGACAGGAAAAAUGUCAACGAGAGUGAGCGGGACCGGAAUCAUAAUAACAAUAGGUCAGUUUUGAUACGCAGUUCUAAUAUGAAUAAAGGCUGUUUUCACAGGAACUGGAUGGGACGGGAGUCAUUCUUACAGGAUAUGACAGGACAGGAGUUUUUUGUGGGAGUGGGGUGGGACAGGAGUAAAAAUCCACCCGUGUCACAGGAACGUAAAGGAUGAAAGAAAUAUUGUCUUUUGUUGUGUUAUAUGUUUUCCCUGUGCAUUUGUUUUGAUAAAUUAUUAUGUUGGUUUUAUGUUGAGGUUAUUUCAUUUGUGUAGAUAUAUGCUAUUUAAAUAAUUUAUCUAGAAGCGUAGCCUCAUAUGGAAGCGUUUCUGUCUGUAUAAACUUAUUUGCACACUGC